AGGAAGCCAGACUGUUUCCGACAAGCUGCGGGGCAAAUUUACAUACGCUGUGAGGACCUUGAUAUGGAUGAAGGCAGUAGAGUUAGAGCCGCUAUUUCUAUGACCCUUUGCGAGCUUAAGACAGCACAAUAUCAGUCCACGCCUAUGGAGUGUGCCGCAUUCUCGUUGAACACUAAGACCGAUGCUCUCCAAGACAUGCCAUAUGCUGAUUGCGUGGAAGCUAUCUCUAGAAGUGCACAAUUCUGGGCAAGUUACUCAGGUUAUCUUCGGGAGAUUCGUGAGCCUUGUCGUCUCAAUCUUUUCUAA